UGUAAGUGCAGAACCCGAUGCUUGGAGCAAACCUCCCAGCAAUGCAGAGCUUGUGGUCCUUUCUCCUCUACUUGUGCGGGCUCCUGGUAGAUGUCUUUUCCCUGUGUGAGACACCGGUGAAGCUUCAUGCUAACGAGCUAGACCGAGACCAGUACUUUGGCAGAUGGUUCUUCAUAGCUGCAGCUUCAUCCUCCCCCUCCUCACUGGAGACCUUCACCACUACUGACAGCAUCAUGUUUAGUAUGACUCAGAGCGACAACCCAGAGCGGCUACAACUGAGGGCUGCCAUUCGACUGAAAACAGGCCAGUGUGUUCCCCGGUCAUGGAUUUACUUGCUUAUGGAGCUGAGUGCUGAUCUAACUACAGAAGCCCGUACCCUCCAUCCUGCUGAGAACUGUAUCGCUGCUUUCAAGAACCAAGCUUCCUGCUUUGAUAUGAAUGAAUUCCUGCUGGUUCCUAGAACUCAGAGCGCCUGUGAAUUUCAAGAAUCUUGAACUUAACACUCUUAGCUUCAAACCCACUGUGGCAGGAAUUAAUCAUCCAUUGAAGUUUACUUGCCUUGAUCAAUUGGAGAAGCAGUUGUCUUUGACGUUGUUAAAUAAAAUUCCUUUUCUGAUGGUCAAAACAAAUAGUUAUAA